UUCACGCAGAAGAACACACUGGACAAACUGUAAGAACCGAGUACAAAUUACACUGUAACAGCCAUGUUUUGGAGAUGAAGUUAAAAAAAAAAGGAUUUCCCUGUUAAUGUAUUUAUGAUGUCACGAUACUAUUAUAUUUGAUAUAUAUUUUUUUUUCUUUCUGCUUGAGUGCAUCAUUCAGCAAAUAUGUCCUCGAAGCGUAUCAUAAGGAUCUAUAGGUUCUCAAAGCACUUAUACUUUAUGAGUCUCUAUAGAAGCUAAUAUCAGAAUAUGUCCUAAUACCAGAAUGUGUUUGAAAGUCUAUCUUCAUUACAAUAGGAAGGUCAGCUCUUUUUCUUGAUGAUUUAUUAUUGAAGAAAGAAAACAACGCUAUAACUUCAGAACCUCUGAUUUUUGUUUUCACUUGCAAUUGAAAACCUGUGGCGUGGAAGCGCCUAUCACAGCAACAAAACAUUGAAUGCAACAGUCGGAAAAGAAACUGACAAUGGCUCUGAAGUACUUCGUUUUACUUGUGCUCUCUCUGGUGUCAAGAGUGCAUUCUCACGCAAGCGGGACAGGCAUUGACAGCGCAUGUGAGACCAUGACCCCAGGUCACGGAGCAGCUGCCCAGGUCUCCCCAUCACCUUAUUACGUAGACGUAGUACCAAACUAUUACAGACCAGGUCAAACCGUCACAGUGUACAUUGGUUCUGACAGAAAUGAAACAUUCAGGGGAUUCAUGGUACAGGCGAGAAGAGCCAGUGGGAAUACUAGCCCGAACGAAAGAUUUGGCAACUUUACAGUAGUCAAUAACACCACAACAGCUUGUUCUGGGCAAGCUCUGGUCCACUCUAAUAACGUCAUUAAGACAAACCUAACUCUGAACUGGACUGCACCUUCCAUCCCGUCUGGUGAUAUCAUUUUCAAAGUGACGAUUGUACACAGCUAUAGUGUCUUCUGGACCAGUGAUGAAUCAGAAAUUGUCUAUGACGUAGACAAAAUGCAGACGACAACAUUGGGACUAAAUAGUACAUCAGGAUACAACAGUACUUCAGGAUACAACAGUACUUCCGAUUAUUACUAUAAUACCACCACUUACUCAGGCCCAACUGUCUUAAGCAAAGAUUAUUCUUGUGGCUACUAUUAUGGAUGCUUCUCUUACUGCUCUAGCUAUGGUUGUGACUUUUUAGUGACAUGGUCAAUCUUUAACGGCAAUGUUGCUUACACCAUUAAGUCAAGCUAUCCAGCGCCUGGAUUCUACAUGGCAUUGGGAUUUUCAAGUGAUAACAAAAUGGGCGAUGACAGUGUUCUUGGCUGUGCUUACCAAAACAACGAGAUCUCUGCAUUCUCAGCUUUCACUUCUGCGUACACUACUCCAGUUCAAUUUUAUGAUGAGAAUGUCACGCUUUUGUAUGGUCUCUAUAGCAACGGAAUUCUGACCUGUACUAUUGCUCGUCCAAUUAGUGGGCAAGGAAAUCGCUAUGACGCAAGCAAUUACUGGACAUUUUUCUUUGCGAAAGGUGUCGCUAAUAUAGUCAACGGAAAAAUCCACAUCUAUUAUCACGAGGGAGAUAAGCACAUUUCACGGGAGAAGAUCUCCGCAUACUCCUAUUCCGAUGUUCAAACCACACUAACCGAGGAGGAUGGCGUCAAUGCAGACUCAGCCGAUGGUUUAAUGCACACAUUUGGCUAUCUGAAACUUGUCUUGAUAUCUGCAGUGGUCAUCUACUAUUUGUUGAACUAACAUCUUAAAUGUCAAGGCUCUGUGUGACUUGUAAAUAGUUAUAUGUAGAUGUAGUCAUCAUCUUUAGUGUUACUCACAUAUCAAAACUGUUACUGUUAUUCUUAUUCUAGAACAUAAAACAUCAGUUUAACUCUUUUCA